GUCGACUACCAGAGACCAUUGCGCCGCUGACCCACAUUCGGCGCGAUCUAUACAAUGGCGGCCCAUGUGCAAGACGCGAUCAUGCUGCUUGGGGACUCGCUCACGCAGGGCGGGUUCGACUUGAACGGCUUCGCUGCCAAGCUCGCUCAUGUGUAUAACAGGAGAAUGGAUGUGCUGAACCGCGGGUUCAGCGGGUACAACACCGAGUGGGCAUUGCCUGUCUUCGAGCAGUGCUUCGCGACGAAGGAAGAGCAGAAGUACGCGCCCAAAGUGCGCCUGCUUGUCAUCUGGUUCGGCGCGAACGACGCCGCGCCUCCGCCGAAAGCGCAAUACGUCCCGCUCGACCGCUUCCGCGCGAAUCUCCGCACGAUGCUCUGGACGGUGCGCGCGCCCGAGUCCGCGUGGUACUCGCCGGACACGCGCGUCGUGCUCAUGACGCCGCCCCCAGUGAGCACCGGGCAGCGCGGGCGCGCGCAGCGGGCGAAGGAGCCCCCACGCGAGAAUGACAGGGAGUUCGAAACGACGCGGAGGUAUGCGGAGGCCGUGAGCGAGGUCGGGAAGGCGGAGGGUGUGCCGGUGGUGGACCUUUGGGGGAGGCUGUAUGAGGCGGCGGGGCGGGAUGAGGUGGGGCUGGAGGGGUUCUUGACGGACGGGCUGCAUUUGAACGAGAAGGGGUAUGCGAUUGUGUUCGAGGAGCUGGUCAAGGCGAUCAAGGAGAACUAUCCAGAGUACCACUACGACAACUUGAAGAGCGUGUUCCCCUACUUCGACGUCAUCGCAGAGAACCAAGAGAACUGCCGGGAGUUGACUCAGAAGAGAAGCGCGUUCUCAAGCUGAUGAAAGACGGGUCGUCGCUGCAGGCAGGACAGCAUAGAAAACGCAAGUGCAAACGGUGUAUUGAUACAAAUCAU